AUGGAACCCGACGGGACCUACGAGCCCGGCUUCGUGGGUAUUCGAUUCUGCCAGGAAUGUAAUAACAUGCUUUACCCCAAGGAGGACAAGGAGAACCGCAUUCUGCUGUACGCGUGCCGGAACUGUGAUUACCAGCAGGAAGCCGACAACAGCUGCAUCUACGUCAACAAAAUCACGCACGAAGUGGACGAGCUGACCCAGAUCAUCGCUGACGUGUCCCAGGACCCCACGUUGCCGCGAACCGAAGAUCACCCGUGCCAAAAGUGCGGCCACAAGGAGGCGGUGUUCUUCCAGUCACACAGUGCUCGGGCCGAGGAUGCCAUGCGCCUUUACUAUGUGUGCACGGCCCCGCAUUGCGGCCAUCGUUGGACCGAGUGA